AUGCCGCACCGGCUCUACCACCGCCGCAGCCGACGCAACAUCGCCUCUACCUCGCCGCCGUCGACGCAGCAACGCCCCCGUACACCUUCCAGCGCCAUGGCAGCACACCACAUAGUUCGAUCUAUGUUGUCGGCCGCCAUGGAUCGAAGCUCCGGUGCUCCAUCGAGCAGCAGGCAAGCCAGAUCGGCUCCGAUUCUCGCCGGUGAGCCGAUUCGCCGGUCUACAGCUGCAAGGGAGCUCCACAAUCCUCCUGUGUUCUCUGCUGAAGCAUCCCGAGCAAGCUCCUCAGAAGCUUGGGCUGCUGGUGCUGGAGGUGAUGAUGAUGAGAGCUACAUCAUGGGGCGAAUUUCUGCUGUGAAUGGAGUUAGUAUGGAAGGGAUGAUUAAUGCUGGUGAUGUCCAACAAGAUAUGGAUGAUGCAGAUGAUGAUGCAAUAUCAUCGCAACCACUUGUUCCAUAUGUGGGCAUGACCUUUGAUUCUGUUGAUGACGCAAGGCAAUUCUACAACGCAUAUGCUUUCAGGCAUGGGUUUGGAAUCAGAACAUCUGUUUCAAAAAACAGCCAGGCCAAAGGACCCACAAAGCUAAUUAGCAGGACUUUCACGUGUGUUCAUGCACGACCUGAUGGAAGCAAAAGUGAAUCUGAUAGCACUACAGAUAGUAUUGCAACAGAGUCAAGCAACAAUAGCAAACGCCCCAGACUUUGGAUGAACAUGGCAGACACAAGAAAAAUGAAUAGGUUGCAACAGAAGGUUAGUUACCGGUCUCAUCGAAAGAUCCCACGAGAAGACCUCCAAAUGAUAAGGACGUUGCAUGAACGCAACUUGUCAACCUCAGAUUGCAUGGGAAUCCUAGGAGAUUGUCAUGGAGGUGAUCAGAGGCGCCUUGGUUAUGUCAAAAGGGAUGUUUCAAAUGCACGGUCUGAGAUGCGGCAAACCAUGGCGUUUCAGGACAUGGCCAUGACAAUUGAAUACUUUGAGAGGCGGCAAGCUGAAAGCCCACAGUUCUUCUAUGCAACACAAGUGAAUAAGGAGACAAAUGCGCUAGAAGCAUUGUUUUGGGUGGACGGAAGGACAAGAGCACUAUACCCAAAGUACAAGGACUGUGUCUUUUUUGAUACAACCUUUUGCACAAACAAAUACAACAUACCUUUUGCUCCGAUCGUUGGCAUCAACAACCAUCUUCAGACUAUUGUCCUAGGCUGUGCAUUGCUUCCAAAUGAGCAAAUUGAAACCUUCAAGUGGGUCUUUCGGCAAUGGUUACUUGCGAUGAACGAGUACCCAACAAACCUUAUGACCGACCAGUGCAGAGCAAUGGAAACUGCAAUUUCUGAUGUGUUCCCUCACACAGUCCAUAGGUGUUGCAAGUGGCAUGUACAACGGAAGGCGCGUGAGAAACUUGGGAGGAUGCUUACAAGGGAUUCAAUUUUUGAGAAAUCUUUCUACGAAUGCAUCAAUGAAUCCGAGACAGUGGAUGAAUUUGAAGAAACAUGGCAGCACAUGCUGCAUUGCUUCGAGUACACAGAGAAUAGGCACUUACAAAACAUGUGGGAAUGCCAUCAGACAUGGGCUCCUGCGUACUUCAAGAAUGAUUUCUUCCCUUUCACAAGCACAACCGGGCGAUCAGAAGGGCUGAAUUCUUAUUUCAAGACGUUAGUGCAUCCACAAAACUCGGUUUUUACAUUUGUAAGGCAGUAUGAACUACUACAAGAAACAAUGCUAGACCGUGGAGAUAAUGCCGCUUUCACCGGAGAAACGACAACAUCACCACUAUGGGGAAAAUACAAGAUAGAGCGUCAAGCUAUUAACUUCUACACACGUAGCGUCUUUGGCAAGUUCCAAGAGCAAGUGGCAGCAUUGACAGCUUAUAUAAUCAACCAAGUGCCGAAUCUUGAGCAGGAAGGUAUCAUGUUUGAGCUUUACUCAAACUUGUAUGAUAAUCCAAAGUUGUACCAUGUGCAUGCUGUGAUAGAGGAGGGGCUGUACUCAUGUAGCUUCCAUUACUUUGAGAUGAAUGGUGUGCUUUGCUCACACAUCAUAAGGGUGAUGAUACAAAUUAAUGUGCAAGAAAUUCCAAGUAGAUACAUGCUGGAAAGGUGGUCCGAAGCAGCUACGACAAACAUGGACACCUCUGGGAGGUUCCUUGAGUUUGGACUACCAGAAACAAACACUCUCAAGUACAACUCACUAUGCAGAGAUCUGAAUGCAUUGGCAGCAGAAGCAUGCUCCGUUGAUCCAGCUUACAACUUCCUGACAGAUGUAAUAAAGCAGCUCUGGCCCAUAGUUGCUUCGAUGAAAAAAGAUCAAAUGUCCAUGGAAGAGGUGGUGCAGCAGCAGCAACCCCCUCAAGCAAGUGCAUCUAAUGCUGCAACUGGAGAAAACCAACAAUCAUCAGCACCACUGCAAAAUCCUGCUCGUGUGCCGAAGCAAGGUCGGCCAACAGAGCGGGCAAAAAGAAAAAAAUACAUUGUUGGAGCAGCGAGAAGAUGA